AUGCAAGCUGCCGUAUGGGGAGGCGCGAAGCGAUGCCGGCAGCCGGCACUCCUCUGGCGCGACCAGGGUGGGGAGAAUAUAUCGUCCAGACGACCGAGCCCCGCCGCUCGGACCACUCUCAAGACGACUGUCUCUGCCAGCCCUCCCUCCCUACCUGCCAGCCUCAUUCGUAGCGCUGAUGAGUGGUCGAGUCGGCCAGUUGCCCCGCCAACCCGUUUGCCCAUUCGGCAGAGGUACCGGCCCGCCUUAGCCACAGACGCAGGCAACUAA